ACAGUGCUCCUUCUCCACAGGCUUUGGACAACAAACUCGUCCUGCCUGAAGGAUGCCAAAACGCAAGCAGGAUUCCAGCUAACAUCUGCUUGUUGAACUACCAUCCCUGUGAGCUUCUGCACUGCAACAGCCAGAAGUGUUCUGAGUUACUCUUCUCUCCUUUUGGGCUUUUGCUUUUCAUCUGGAGCUUUUGGCUUGGCUGCUUCAUUGCAUCUGGAAAGGAAUAAGCUCACCAAGAUGGUAAAGAAAAAGUCUGAUGUUUAUUCAGUUGAGAUCAAUGGGCUAAAAGAUCUGGAAAAAACAGAGACCGGAGAUGAAGAGAAGUACAAAGACCUGAAGGGCAACAAGAAAAAAAAGAAUGAAGAACUAAAGAAAGAACUGGACCUGGAUGACCACAAACUCAGCACUUCACAACUGGAGGAAAAGUACGGCACAAGCAUCGACAGAGGUCUCUCCAGUGCAAGAGCAGCAGAGAUCCUGGCUCGUGAUGGUCCCAACUCACUCACUCCUCCCAAAGCCACUCCUGAAAUUGUUAAGUUCCUCAAGCAGAUGGUGGGAGGGUUUUCCAUCCUCUUAUGGAUUGGAGCUGUCUUCUCCUGGAUUUCAUUUGGCAUUCAGUUGGGCCAGGGAGUUGAAUCAGCCUUUGACAAUCUCUACCUUGGUGUAGUCCUUGCACUGGUCGUCAUCCUCACUGGUAUCUUCGCUUACUAUCAGGAAGCAAAAAGCACAAACAUCAUGGCCAGCUUCAGUAAAAUGAUUCCACAGCAAGCUCUUGUCAUCAGAGAUGGAGAAAAGAAGGAAAUGCCAGCAGACCAGCUGGUAGUAGGAGACAUUGUGGAAAUAAAGGGUGGAGACAGGAUCCCAGCAGACAUUCGUCUGAUCGCUGCUCAGGGGUGCAAGGUGGAUAACUCUUCACUUACUGGUGAGUCAGAGCCUCAGACCAGGUCUCCAGACUUCUCCAAUGAGAACCCACUGGAAACCAGGAACAUUGCUUUCUUUUCCACCAACUGUGUGGAAGGUUUCUGAUGGUCUUAUUUCCCUGCAGGCACAGCUACUGGAAUUGUAAUCAACACAGGGGACCGCACGAUCAUUGGGAGGAUUGCUUCUCUUGCAUCAGGAGUAGGAAAUGAGAAGACACCCAUUGCUAUUGAGAUAGAACACUUUGUCUACCUGGUGGCAGGAGUGGCCAUUUCCAUUGGUGUCCUCUUCUUCAUUAUUUCUGUAUCAAUGAGAUACAAGAUUUUGGACUCCAUCAUUUUUCUCAUUGGCAUCAUUGUGGCAAAUGUGCCAGAGGGACUGCUAGCCACUGUAACAGUAAGUCUGUCUCUGACAGCCAAGCGGAUGGCAAGGAAGAACUGUUUGGUGAAGAACCUGGAAGCUGUGGAAACACUAGGCUCCACAUCCACCAUCUGCUCUGACAAGACAGGGACCCUGACCCAGAACAGGAUGACUGUUGCCCACCUCUGGUUUGAUAAUCAAAUCUACUCAGCUGACACCAGUGAAGAUCAAACAACCCAAUCUUUUGACCAAAGCUCUCCAUCAUGGACAGCACUAUCAAAAAUUGUAACUCUAUGCAACCGAGCAGAAUUCAGACCAGGACAGGAGAACCUCCCAAUAAUGAAGAGAGUUGUGGUGGGUGAUGCCUCCGAAACAGCUCUACUGAAAUUUGCAGAGGUUGUCCUGGGUGAUGUCAUGAAUAUUCGAGCACGGAACAAGAAAGUGGCUGAAAUUCCCUUCAACUCUACCAACAAAUUCCAGCUCUCCAUUCAUGAGACUGACGAUCCCAAUGACAAACGCUUUCUGCUGGUGAUGAAAGGCGCCCCAGAGAGGAUCUUAGAGAGAUGCAGCACUAUCAUGAUCAACGGGAAAGAAGAACCACUCGACAGUGAAAAGGCAGAAGCUUUCCAAACAGCAUACAUGGAGCUGGGAGGCCUGGGAGAAAGAGUGCUUGGUUUCUGUCACCUGUACCUGCCUGAAAAUGAGUUUCCAGACACCUACCCAUUUGACACAGAUUCCAUGAAUUUCCCCACCUCCAAUCUAUGCUUUGUUGGGCUCUUAUCUAUGAUUGACCCGCCUCGUUCCACAGUGCCAGAUGCCGUCUCAAAGUGCCGCAGCGCUGGGAUCAAGGUUAUUAUGGUCACUGGUGAUCACCCGAUCACUGCUAAGGCCAUAGCCAAGAGCGUGGGCAUCAUUUCAGCCACCAGCGAGACGGUGGAAGACAUUGCAAAGCGCCUCAACAUUCCUGUUGAGCAAGUCAACAGACAGGAGGCUACAGCAGCCGUAGUGAACGGGAUGGAGCUGAAGGACAUGACCUUGCAGGAGCUGGAUGAAGUUUUGUGCAACCAUUCGGAGAUCGUCUUUGCACGGACAUCGCCCCAACAGAAACUGAUCAUAGUUGAAGGCUGCCAAAGACAGGGUGCAGUUGUUGCUGUGACUGGAGACGGAGUCAAUGACUCCCCUGCUCUUAAAAAAGCAGAUAUUGGAAUUGCUAUGGGCAUUGCUGGUUCUGAUGCAGCUAAAAAUGCAGCUGAUAUGGUACUGCUGGACGAUAACUUUGCUUCUAUAGUCACAGGAGUGGAAGAAGGCCGCCUGAUCUUUGACAACCUAAAGAAAACAAUCGCCUACACUCUGACUAAGAAUAUUGCUGAGCUCUGUCCCUUUCUUAUCUACAUUAUUGCCAGCAUUCCAAUGCCCAUUGGCACCAUCACCAUCCUAUUCAUUGACCUGGGAACAGACAUUAUCCCCUCUGUUGCAUUAGCCUAUGAAAAAGCUGAAAGCGAUAUUAUGAACAGGAGACCUCGAAACAAAAAGAAAGACAGGCUGGUGAACGAGCAGCUGGCUAUAUACUCCUAUCUGCAGAUUGGUAUCAUGCAGUCAAUAGGAGCCUUCGUGACGUAUUUUACAGUCUAUGCAGAACAAGGCUUCCUCCCUUCCACGCUGCUGGGUGUUCGAGUCGACUGGGAAAACAACGCUAUUAAUGACUUUGAAGACUCUUAUGGACAGGAAUGGACUAAAUACCAGAGGACGUACCUGCAGUGGACUGGCUACACUGCCUUCUUUGUCAGCAUCACCAUUCAGCAAGUUGCAGAUUUGAUUAUCAGGAAAACAAGAAGAAAUUCCAUUUUCCAGCAGGGUCUUUUCCGGAACAAAGUCAUCUGGGUGGGUAUAUUUUCCCAGAUAGGAAUUGCUCUGAUUCUCACUUAUGGUCUUGGACACGUUACAGCCCUGAACUUCACACCUCUGAGGUUUCAGUACUGGUUUGUGGCUGUACCGUUUGCUGUGUUGAUAUGGGUCUAUGAUGAGGUCCGGAAGCUGCUCAUCAGGAGAUACCCAGGAAGCUGGUGGGAUAAGAACAUGUAUUACUGAAUCUGUCCUUAUCAUUGGACUACUUCCUCCUCACGGAGAGCUGCUCCUUCACCUCACACAGCCUCUGCUGCUUCAAUGUCCUGUCUGUGCAAUACCAAGUAUACACUGGACUCACCCCAAAAAUGGGUGAAGAAAUUUCAUGAGUUUCAUGAAGAAUUAAGGACUUAAGAGGCUGGCAAGUAACCUCCCACUGUACUGUAAGGACGAUGCUUGUCUGAAAUUGAAAUGCUAUCUAUUUUUGUAAGAAGUACGACUUUCCCUCAUCCAAGGAUGAACUUGGAGAGCACUCAGAGGAAAACACAACAGAAAAACUUAAUGUAAGGCAUUAAUUUGCACUAGAGAGGUUGUUUGCUUAUUUUCUUUUUGUUUUGUUUGUGCAACUGAAUUCUAAGCAAGUGCGUACAUAGAUCUGUAUUACCUUGCUAAGGGUAACAACACUGUAUAGGAGAAAUUUGAUAAUAAAAGUAUUUUCCAGAA